AUGAGUGAAGAUGAUUUUUAUAAUAAUCUAGAGAAUUUUAUCGAAGAAUCUAAAAAGAGAAUUAUAGAAAAAGAAAAAUUAAUAACAAGCGAAAAUGAUGAAGAAAUAGAUAAUAUUAAAGAAGAAACACAAGAAAUUCAAGAAUAUAAUUAUACUAGUUUAAUGAUCCCAUCUGAUGUAAGUUCAGAGAAUAAAUCUGAUACAAACGAAAAUGUGAAACAAGUGCUUAACCUUCAAGAAAGCAUGGACAUAGAAAAAAUAAAAGAAAAGAAAGAAAAGAAAAAGAAACAAGAACUACUUAAAGAUAUUAAUUCUAGUGAUAUCAGAUAUGAAAAGAAAAUAAAAAGAAAGAAAAAAAAAAUAUUUGAAAAUAAGAGAUCUUCAAAAAAAAAUAAAAAUAAUAUAAGAGAUUUUAUUAAUUUAGAAAAAGAUAUAAUUAUUACAAAGACAUUAAUGUAUAAUAAAAAAAAAAAACUUGAUGAUAUAUAUAAAUAUACUAGUAAAAAAGAAAAAACUAUAAACAGCUUAAAUGAAAAUAUGAUUAAAGAAGCAGCUCAUAUGCAAGAAUUGUUAAUAGAGAACUUUAAAAAAACCGAGGAUCUAAUCAAAAAAUUUGAAGAUAUUAGCUCCAGGAAGAAAAAAAAAAAAAAUCAAGUACAGUCGUUGAACAUUGAAAUAAGUAAAUUAGAUGUGGAACUUGAAAAAAAAGAAGAAAAAAUAAAAGAGCUAGAUAAAUAUAAAUUUUUUCUAAACAAAUUAGCGAAUUGUGAAAAAAGUGAUGAUAUGGAGUCGAGUGAAAAAAAAAAAAAAAAUAUUGAUGAUUAUGAUGAUAAUGAUGAUAAUGAUAAUAAUGAUAAUAAUUAUAAUAAUAAUAAUAAUAAUCAUAAUGAUAAUAAUGAUGAUGAUAAAAAUGAACAAUCCACAAUUAACAAUAUGAAUGAGAAAAUAAAAGAAGAAGACAACAUUUUUUCCAGAAAAAUGAAAAAAUAUAUUAAUAAUUCUCAAUUAUUAAUAGACCAUUUUAAUUUAUUGGAAGAAAAACAUUUACAAUUAAUUGAUGAUACUCAAAAUGCUGAGUAUGAAUUAGAAGAAUAUGAAAAGAAAUAUGAAGAUAAAAAAAAAACAUAUGAUAUAAAAUAUAAAGAAAUAGAUAAAAAAAUUCAAAAUAUUAAUAAUUUUAUUAAUGAACAUAAUAAUAAAAUUAUCGAAUAUGAAAUACUUAUGAAAAAUAAAACAGAUCAUAUAUCAUUCAAUAAUAUAAAUAAUAAAAUUGAUUUUAUAUGUACACAAUUUUCUUAUGAUAUUAUCAAUACUAAUGAAAUAAUGAAAAAGUUACAACUAUUAGAAAAUAAAAUUUAUUCUUAUAUUACAACACUUACAAAAUACACAGAAGAAAAUAGCCAACUUGUGUAUGAAUAUCAAAGGGAAAGAGAACAAGAAAGGAGGAAGCAAAUGAGAUUUGAAAUAAAUUUGGAUAGAAAAGGAAACAAUCAAAAUAAACAGUUAAAGAAUAAAAAAGUUAAUAAUAAAAAUUUCAACACAAACACGAAAGAUAAAAAGGAAAAGCGUGAAAACAUAUAUACAAUAUUUGAAAAAAAUUUAUUUAAAUAA